AUGGACGGGCGCAGGAUCGAUAGAGCUGAGUGCGCAGUGUUAUUGGCGGCUCUAAACGAUGUGAUGUGCCGCUUGUCGGUGCGGCAGGCUUUGUGGGCGCUGGCGCUGCUCUGCACGCUGGCGCCCUCGCAUGCCGAUGGGAACAUAGGUUGCUUAUUCAGCGCAUCUUUAUGCGUGGAGGGGGUCGAGUGGUGUUACGAUGAUUUCGCUUUCGGUAAAUGUAUACCGGUAUUUGAAGAAGAGACUGAGGAGGGGGCUCUUUAUCAAUAUGACAUGAACUCAGAACAGCUUGAGUGGUUUGAAGGAGAGCUCCAAAGACUUGCAUCACGUGGAUAUCGCUGGGAGCAUGCUUAUACGCAAUGCGUCCUGCAAGCGAUGCUCUACACACUACGCCAAAAUCUUGACCCAGCCACCGUCAACAGCAAAAUUUGUGAGCAUUUUGCGGAUCCUAAAUUAGACACUAAAUCAGUGGAAAGCGAUGAAGAAAAAUCAGAAACUGAACCAGCUGAAACGGCAUAUGUCCGCUUCACACCAAACUCACCACUCUCAGACUUUGCAAACGAAGUCUACAAUCCACCAUUUACACCAGAUGAUGACCCUACUCAAUACGUACCCAAAGACGAUGAACUACCUGAAGAUGAAACUCCAAGUGACAAAUUACGCGAUCUUAUGCUGUUAGGAGAAAAUGAAGAAUCUCCAGUUAUAAUGCCCUUCUCUGGAUUCAGGGAAAGAAUCCAAGCUGAAAAAUCGGCGAAAAAUAUGAAUAAUAACGCAGCAUCUAGUGUUAUGAUUGACAAAGAGAAAAAAUCUUUCAUAACUGGUGAAAAUGAGCCCAAUAUGCCUGUGUCUGAUGAAGAACGGGUGGGUGCCCAUUUCCGGAAAUUCAAAGUUAAAGCACCGCCUUUUACAGCCGAAUACAUUACCACUAAUAGACUAAGCCCCUUGGAUGAGGAAAUUCGUUCCAAUGCGUAUAAAAACUAUAUUCAAAGUUUUGCUGAGAAACAAUUUCCUUUUGAAUAUGAAAACCCUAGCGAAAUACCUGAGCCGAGAGUGUACAUGGACGAGGAUGGUGUUGAAGAAUCUCCCAUCGAUGCUGGAAGUGGAGAAAUUGAUUCUUAUCACUUGAAAGAAAAUCCUGCUGCAUUAGACCCCAAAUCAAAGCAGAUGGCAUAUUACAUGAACUACUGGCGCGAUAGAAUGGACUCUAACAACAAACCACAAGACGCCUUCUAUGCAGAAGGAGGUCCACUCACACCAGAUGAUUUACUGGGUGAAAAUUCAAAAUUUUAUCCCGAGGAUAUUCAAGAUUUACUUAAUAGCGAAUGGGGAUUUAAGCGUAGGGAAAGAGACGAUGUUAAAAAGCCUGGGCCGCGCCCAGACAUAGCACUGUUAAAGAAUUUAUACAACAAUAAAUCAGUGACAGCUCAUGGAUCGCAGCACGUACAUGAUGAUAUGUCUUCUGAUUACAAUCGUAAUGUCGAUCCUUCAUUUGCGUACGUGACUAUUCAUAACGGGUAUCUAAAUAACUGGGUGAAAGGUACUUCAUUAAUUUCAUCACUAGAAGAAAUGCUCGGUUUAGAGAAAAACACCUUUUCACAUCCUCGUGUUAAUUUAACCGAAGUUACAUUCAAAGUGGAAAACAACAGCAAAGGUUAUAACGCGGCUGAGGUAGCAAAGCGUGUUGAUGCCAUCAAAGAUGAAGUGUUACGCCAGACUGGAGCUCAGAUUAUCGCUACUGGCGUUGGUGGUUUAGUUAAAGGCGAUCCAAUAAGUAAACGCAUAGAUAAUCCAGAAGAAUACAUGUUUGGUCUUGAUCUGCCAGUAAUACUUGCGUUGGUUGGAAGCUUGUCUGUCCUGAUUAUAGGCGCUGUAGUGUUCGCUGUACUGUUAAAGCGAGAUAUGAGUGCCAAAAGGAAGAUGCAAGGUCUGUCUUCUGCUGCUGAAAUAGACGCCGAAGCAAGACUUGAUUACCAGGUAGAAUAUGGAAUUCUCCUUAGGAAAGGGCUAGAUAUAGAAUUGUGCCGUGCACGAAUGUCCGGUAAAUGGUCAGGGCAGCAGACAACGACCUCGGCUCCACCACAUCCUACGGAACCACCGCAGCGCAUCACAUCCCUUUCAAAGGAACCAGAGGGCAAUUCACCUUCGACAAGAUCUAGCACUUCUUCAUGGAGCGAAGAACCAGCUCUUACUAAUAUGGAUAUUUCUACCGGACACAUUGUUUUGGCCUAUAUGGAAGAUCACCUACGUAACAAAGAUCGUUUGGAACAAGAAUGGCGGGCUCUUUGUGCAUACGAAGCAGAACCCUGCGCCGCUACGGCCGCCACAAAAGCUGACAACACUGGCAAGAACAGAUAUUCGGAAGUAUUGCCUUAUGAUCAUUCAAGAGUAACGCUUAACACGCUUUCGAAUCAUCUCGGAUCUGAUUUUAUCAAUGCUUCGACGAUUACGGAUCAUGACCCACGUAAUCCAGCUUACAUCGCUGCCGCUGGACCGAUGGCACACACAGCUCCUGACUUUUGGCAAAUGGUGUGGGAGCAAGGCAGCGUUGUAAUGGUGAUGCUCACUCGUCUUACUGAGAACGGACAGCAGCUCUGCCAUCGUUAUUGGCCUGAAGAAGGAUCUGAACUUUACCAUAUCUACGAGGUGCAUCUUGUCAGCGAACAUAUAUGGUGCGAUGACUACUUGGUCCGUAGUUUCUACCUGAAGAACCAGCGCACAGGCGAGACCCGCACGGUUACACAAUUCCAUUUCCUCUCCUGGCCAGAGAACGGUGUGCCCUCAUCCACCAAGGCACUUCUUGAAUUCAGAAGAAAGGUGAAUAAAUCGUAUCGCGGAAGAUCUUGCCCAAUCGUGGUCCACUGCAGUGAUGGGGCUGGUCGUACUGGCACGUACUGUCUAAUUGACAUGGUUCUUAAUCGAAUGGCUAAGGGCGCUAAGGAGAUCGACAUCGCAGCUACACUUGAGCAUAUCCGAGAUCAACGCCCGCGUACUGUAGCUACCAAACAACAGUUCGAAUUUGUACUCAUGGCCGUCGCUGAGGAAGUACAUGCUAUUUUAAAAGCCUUGCCAGCACAUCUACAACAACUACAAGAGAAAAAGGACAAGGAGAAAGAUAAAGAAAAGGAUAAAGACAAGGAUGGCAACACUGAAACCAAGGAUAAGCCCAACUGA